GCCAAGACAGUUCGCGGUCGAGACAGAGCUCUCGCCGUUGGUUGCAACAAAACGCUUCACCAUCCGACCGAUCUCAUAUGGAUUCAUUGGCUCCAUCGAGGUUAUUCACAGGGAGGUAUCCGCAACAAUCGACGCUGCCAUGAUAUGUACCCACCAGUAUCACUUGGAAUGUCGUCUCAGACACAUGAUAUAAAUCAUUCCGUACAAGAUGAAUUCUGUCCGAUUGCGCUGAGGGAAAUUCUCAAUUGUCGAACUCGCCAAAUAUCAGUAUCGUGGGAGUGUAAAUCAAAACCUGUUCUGGGUGAGUUCGACAAUGUUGGCGGAGUCUAUCCAGGUGACCGCCCUACGCUGUGUAUUUAUUGGUCGAAUCUCCAACCGACCAAAGCCGUUCUGGCCAUCGCAUAUAGUGCGAUUCGCACAUGCGUUGUCACAUGCAUGGUUGAGGCGCACUCUCGGACGUUCAAGCCAUUGACGCUGAACAUUGAGACCGAAAUGCUUUCCACGGCUGGAUCGUAUAGUGCUUGCGAACACGCCAUCAUCAAUUUACGGGUGGUUUCGGUGAUUUCGGCAAUCUUGGCGAGAAAAGACCACAUACCUGUCUUUACCACUGACUGAAAGGUGCUUGGUUCCGACCGUGCAACAUUUUCGCACUGCUCCGGGGUGGUCCGGAGAAGCGCUAGAUGAGAAUUGGUCGGUCACGUGACA